AUUUUGGGCUCUGGCAGAUGGAAUCGACACACAGGAAAAUAUGAUAAGAUGCAUGUUGAAUAACUAUUCAACCAGUGGAUUUUGGCGUAGUUGGCAUCGAAGUUAUUACAGAUGGCUCGUUAGAUAUAUCUAUGUUCCUCUGGGUGGAAAUAAACGUCCAGUCAUUAACAUAUUAGCGGUGUUCACGUUCGUCGCGAUUUGGCAUGACAUAUCUCUUCAGCUGUUAGCUUGGGGUUGGCUAAUAUGGCUAUUUAUUUUACCGGAAAAGAUAUGUACCAUUAUAUUUUCGCCCCAAAAAUGGGGUAAUUGGACAUAUUAUAGGCACCUGUGUGCGCUAGGAGGUGUGGGAAAUCUGAUUAUGAUGUGGAUGGCCAAUUUAAUUGGAUUUGCUGUUGGACUGGAUGGCAUGAAUGUUUUGUUUACAAAUAUUUUUAUGACUUCUCGAGGCAAGUACCGUUUAAUUUCACUUGCGCUUGCUUGCGUGGGAAUUUUCUCUGCUGUACAAAUAAUGUUUGAAGUUAGGGAAGAGGAGAAGAGGAGGGAUUUUAACCCUGAAAUUAGAUAUUAG